AUGGAGUUCACCUACAGGACAGUUCAGGAAUUCAUUUUGGUGGGCUUUGAAGUUGGGCAGCUGCAACGACUCCUGCUCCUCACCUUUUUCACUAUUCUUUACAUGCUUGCCAUGGCGGAGAACAUCACCAUCAUUACGUUGGUGCAUCUUGACACCCGCUUGUCCCGGCUUCCCAUGUACAUCCUCCUGAGCAACUUCUCCUGGCUGGAGAUCUGCUAUCUAAAUGAGGACACCUCGGUUGAUAUGUGGAUGCGAGAGUACAAGGAAGUCCAGAGUCACCACGCAGUGGCAGGCAAUAACAAGCCACCUCUGAUGCACCUGAAAACAAAGUUCUACCAGCAUGUCCUGGCCUUGGUGUUUGCCAUCUUUGAGAUCAAUGAGGACCCCACCAUCUUGCCCAACAUUACUCUUGGGUUCCACAUCCAUGACUCCACCUUAGAUCCAAAAUGGAUUUACAGACCCACUCUGGACCUGCUCUUCACCGCAGCUGAACUUGUCCCAAACUACAAAUGUGGCUACCAGAAAAAAAUGGCUGGCAUAAUUGGGGGCUAUAGUUCUGAAACCACAUCAGACAUGGCGACUCUCUUAAGUCUUUACAAGAUCCCACAGCUGUCAUUUGGCUCCUUUGAAUCGGAUGUGGAUGUCCCAACCAGUCGGUCAUCUUUUUACCGCAUGUUUCCCAAGGAAACCCUUCAGUAUGAGGGGAUUGUCCAUUUACUUCUGCAUUUCAGGUGGAGAUGGGUUGGGCUCAUCACUCUGGAUGACGAAAGGGGAGAUCGUUUCUUGCAGACUUUGGAGCCGAUGCUUUCCAGGAAUGGAAUCUGUACAGCCUUCACAGAAAAGGCAGCAAGACAGGUCCCCUGGGAAGACAUACUCUUUCUGAACAAAUAUCUAGACAGUAGUAAUGCAAAGUUCUUGGACAGCGAAGCCAAUGCAAUUGUCGUCUAUGGAGGAAGUGGAGCAUUUAUUUGGCUGGUGACUGUUAUCUUCAUGCCCACGAUGCUGAUGAAUAUCACAGGGACUGACUACGGGGAGAGGACCUCUACAGGAAAAGUGUGGAUUACAACCGCCCAGAUGGAUUUUGCACUCAUUCCUUUUCUAAAGGCGUUUGAUAUAGAGAUAUUCCAUGGUGCUCUUUCCUUCUCAAUUCAUUCCAAGCCCAUCCGAGGCUUCCAUAGAUUUCUUCAACUCCUAAAACCUUCCCAGGCAAAGGGGGAUGGCUUCAUCAAGGACUUCUGGGAGCAAGUGUUCGACUGUGCAUUCCCAGGUUCUGUUAACCCAGAACACUCUGGAAAGACAUGCACCGAAGAGGAGAAGCUGGAGACUGUCCCGGCACCUUUUUUUGAAAUGACGAUGACCAGCCACAGCUACGGUAUAUAUAAUGCCGUCUAUGCCCUUGCACACGCCCUACACAUCUUGGGCUCAUCUAGAAUCAACCACAGAGCAAUGGAGACUGGAGGCAGCUUGGCUUCUUUGGAUGUGCCACCUUGGAAGGUUCACACCCUUCUUCAGACAAUUGCUUUCAACAACAGCGCUGGAGAUGAAGUGGCCUUCAAUGAACAUGGAGAAUUGAAAGGUGGAUUCGAUAUUACCAACAUGAUCGCUUUUCCAAAUAAGUCCUAUGUCAGAGUCAAGAUCGGGAGGCUGGAUCCUCAGGUUCCCCGUAGUCAACGAGUGAUAAUUGAUCAGGAUGAGAUUAAGUGGAAUAGGCACCUUCCACAGGUGCCUCCUUCCUCCCUGUGUAAUGAGAACUGCAAACUUGGUUACAGCAAGAGAAAGAAGGAAGGGAAGAAGUUCUGCUGCUACGAUUGUGAUUUGUGUCCAGAAGGGAAAAUGUCAGACAAAGAAGACAUGGAUUAUUGCAUCCCUUGCUCUGAAGGUCAUUAUCCGAACCAGGAACAAAACCACUGCCUUCCCAAGAUCCCAAACUUUCUUUCAUUUCGUGAGCCGAUGAGCAUCGCUUUAGCCUUUUUUGCUCUUCUCCUGUCUCUGAUAACAGCUCUGGUGAUUCUGUCCUUUAUAAAAUACCGGGACACUCCCAUCGUUAAAGCCAACAAUCGGACCCUCACCUACAUUCUGCUAGUCUCCAUUUUCCUUUCUUUCCUCUGCUCCUUGCUCUUCAUCGAGCAGCCUGACAAGGUGACCUGCCUCCUCCGACAAGUGACUUUUGCCAUCAUCUUCUCCGUUGCUGUUUCUUCUAUUCUGGCAAAAACCGUGACUGUCAUUGUGGUGUUUAUGGCAUCCAAGCCAGGAAACCUUUUUCAGAAAUGGGUGGGGAAAGAAUUGGCACAUUGUAUUGUUAUUUCUUGCUCCUUUGUUCAAGUUUCCAUUUGUGCUGUUUGGCUUGGUUCUUUUCCGCCCUUCCCAGAUAUCGACAAGCAUUCACUGAGUAGAGAAGUCAUCAUGCAAUGCAAUGAAGGGUCAGUCACCAUGUUUUACUGUGCCUUGGGUUACAUUGGAUUCCUUGCCACCAUCUGCUUCAUUGUAGCGUUCAUAGCCAGAAAGUUGCCUGACAGUUUCAACGAAGCCAAGUUCAUCACCUUCAGCAUGCUGGUCUUUUGCAGUGUUUGGCUGUCCUUUGUACCCACCUACCUGAGCACGAAAGGAAAAGAUACGGUGGCCGUGGAGAUCUUCUCCAUCUUAGCUUCCAGUGCUGGCUUGCUAGGCUGUAUCUUUUUGCCCAAAUGCUAUGUCAUUCUUCUUAGACCUGAGUUGAACACAAGAGAGCUGCUGAUAAGGAAAAAACAUUAA